GCUGCGCCACGCGGGAGCGGAGCGAGAUGGGAUGGGACGAGGUGGAGCUACGAACGGGUCCAGGAACAUGUGAAGCGCCAAAUUUGGAAACGCCGUAGCCGUCGUGGCGAUCACCGAGCCCUCAUCAACAACAGCUCGAGGCAACUUGCUCAGAUGGCCUACAGAGGACGAGGAAGAGGUGGCGGUGGCCGCGGUAGAGGCCGUGGUGGUGGAUACGGGGGCGUCAACUUCUCGCAAGACUCCUCAACUAAGCGGCCGCGCAUGGAAGACUCUGCUCGCACUUCAACUUCACUCGCACAAAGCCUGACCACACUGCAAGGUGCCCCCUAUCCGGCCUACAAAGACCUGCUAGGCAGCUGGGGUUUCAGCGAUCCUGCAUUCACGCUAUUCAUCGAUCACGUACAAGCAGACCCCUACGCUCCGCCGAGCAAGGUGAGGGUUCGCGUUCCUCACUCGGCGGCUGGCUUCGACGCCUCCCUCUACUCGAACAAGAUACGCAAGACGGCACUUGCAGACUUCCUGCACCGCUGCUUGUGGAAGGAGUGCAACGCGAAAGGGUACGAUGCGGUCAAGGGAGCAGGCGGAGGUUGGGCAGGCUCUAAGGGAGGAGACGUUCAGAUUGACGCACCCACCGCUCAAGUGCUCGAACGAACUGCUUUGAUCGUCACUGACGAGUUCAUCGAAGCUCGCAUCGGCUGUGCUCUCCCGGCAAAAGGUCGCUCAAUCCAAGGCCAUGAGGCUAGCGCCCUCCUCUGCCAGCGUGUACCGCAGCUCGCUCGUACUGCUCUCUAUGCCGCAGCCCUCGAGACAGGCGCUGUUCGCAAGCAUGUCGAAUGUGUUGAGGAUCAGGACGCUCUCCGUGCCGCACUGCCGAAGCACGAGCUCGUCGCCUUUGUCCGCAACGGAGCGGUCUUACCGCGAGCAAGUGGUGCGAGCAGCAAGCCCCUCACAGGGCCAGACGUGAUCCCUUUUCAGUCUCCCCUCAGCCUAGCCGUCACGAUCAACACGCCGAAUUCUGGCCCCAUCACAGGUCUCGGCAUCCCCGCUCGCUCGCUCGUCGUCGUCAUCGGCGCAGGCUUCCAUGGCAAGUCUACGCUACUCGAAUCCGUCCGUCUAGGCUGCUACGACUACCAGCCGGGCGAUGGGCGCGAAUUUGUCAGCGCCGUGGCAGACGUGACCUCCAUCCAAUCCGAAGACGGCCGACAGAUCAGCGCGGUGGACGUCAGCCACUUCAUCCACGACCUGCCCGGUCGGUCUGCAGGCUCUACGCGCUGCUUCAGCACCACGAAUGCGAGUGGGUCAACCUCCUGUUCUGCCGCCACGCUCGAAUCCCUCGAGGUCGGUUCAAAGCUCCUCUGCAUCGACGAGGACACGACUGCCUCCAAUUGGCUCUCCUGCGCUGCAGCUAUGUCGGAGCUCGUAGGACGGGAGACGAUCCGCCCGCUAGAGGAUAGGGCCAAACCGCUCGUCAUGUCGUGUGGAGCCACCCUCUUGCUCGCGUGCGGGAGCAAUCUUGGCUUUCUCGGACGUGCGGACGUUGUAGUGAAGAUGGACAACUUUCGCUGCUAUGAUGUGACGAAGGAGGCGCGCGAGGUGGGCACGAGGGCGAGCGAGGGGAGCGAUGUAAAGUCGACUGGAGCAUUCAAGGCCGCUGUGCCCCGUGCUUGGGAAGUAGCGGCGUUGAGGGAGAAGGUGGCGGGGAAGGUGAUGGCGAGGGGCACGCAUGCAAUAAGACUUGGUGGGGGAGGGAGGGGCAAGAGCGAGGAUGACGAGGACCAGGUGGAAGUUCGUGCUCUACCUCAGGUUAUCUGCGAGUCUCAGACGAGGGGGAUCAUUGCGGCGUUGAAGUACUUGGCGAGUCAGCAGGGCGAGGGCGGGUCUGAGAGGGAUACGAGCAUAGCGAGUACCGUGGUGGCUCUGGAGGGGGCGAUGGAUCGUCGAUUGGACGAGGUGAUGCAGCCUGAUGGCUUCCUGGUCAGACCGAGGGCUAUCGAUGUUGCCGCGACGCUCAACCGGAUGAGGGGUUUGGCAUGGCGGCAAGUCGGCGAGAAGGUCUGACAGCAGCGAUGGUCCCGUCAUGCCGGUCCACGUGACUCUAUUAACCGCGAUAUCGUCUCUGCACAAUGCGAGCACACGAGAGGUGAUGAUUGCCUGAC